CACGGUGCGCGCUUGCUCCGGAGGCGGCGAAGGAACCGGAGGCGGCGGCAGCGGCUGCAGCUUCCGAGCGACGCUCCGCUCCCCACACCCCCCCAACAACCCCGGCCCACUUGCCCCCGGUUCCCCGCCAGCCUCUGAGCCAUGGCUCUGGCGGACAGCAGCCGAGGAUUACCCAACGGGGGCGGCGGCGGGGGCGGCAGCGGCUCCUCGUCGUCUUCGGCCGAGCCUGCGCUCUUCCCAGACAUCGUGGAACUGAACGUGGGGGGCCAGGUGUACGUGACCCGGCGCUGCACGGUGGUGUCGGUGCCGGACUCGCUGCUCUGGCGUAUGUUCACGCAACAGCAGCCGCAGGAGCUGGCCCGGGACAGCAAAGGUCGUUUCUUCCUGGACCGGGACGGCUUCCUCUUCCGUUACAUCCUGGAUUACCUGCGGGACUUGCAGCUCGUGCUGCCCGACUACUUCCCCGAGCGCAGCCGGCUGCAGCGCGAGGCCGAGUACUUCGAGCUGCCCGAGCUCGUGCGCCGCCUCGGGGCACCCCAGCAACCGGGACCCGGGCCGCCGCCGGCGCACUCUCGCCGCGGGGUGCACAAGGAAGGCUCGCUGGGCGACGAGCUGCUGCCGCUCGGUUACGCGGCGGAACCCGAGCCGCAGGAGGGCGCCUCGGCCGGUGCGCCUUCGCCCACGUUGGAACCGGCGAGCCGCAGCCCGUCCGGGGGCGCGGCGGGUCCGCUGCUCACGCCGUCGCAGUCGUUGGACGGCAGCCGGAGAUCGGGCUACAUCACCAUCGGCUACCGCGGCUCCUACACCAUCGGUCGGGACGCCCAGGCCGACGCCAAGUUCCGGAGGGUGGCGCGCAUCACCGUGUGCGGAAAGACGUCCCUGGCCAAGGAGGUGUUUGGAGACACCCUGAACGAAAGCCGGGAUCCCGACCGGCCUCCCGAACGCUACACCUCGCGCUAUUACCUCAAGUUCAACUUCCUGGAGCAGGCCUUCGACAAGCUGUCCGAGUCGGGCUUCCACAUGGUGGCGUGCAGCUCCACGGGCACCUGCGCCUUUGCCAGCAGUACCGACCAGAGCGAGGACAAGAUCUGGACCAGCUACACCGAGUACGUCUUCUGCAGGGAGUGAGCUCCCUAGACCCCCCCCUCGCCACUCCUGAGCCCUCAUCAUCCCCUUCUCCAUACUGGGGGGGGGGGACACACAUGAUGAUACUUCCCCUCCUUCUCGUCCCCUGGUGCCUCCCCAUCCUCCCCGCGUAGCUCGGCCAGACCCGGCACCCCACCCCCUACCCCACUUCAGAAUCUGCAGCCACAAAUCCUAUGGGCUCCUUCGUCUUCUUUGGACCCCGCUCACGAGUGCUCACUGCCCUCCACCUAAGCUUCCUUUAACUGCAGCCCUCAAACCACCCCUCUCUCAGAUGGUACCUGAGUGGGGAAUCUAGUGGGUGUGUGUGGGGGGGUCAGUGUGGGCAUAGAGUCGCCAAGAACCCGGGGAUGAUUGACUUUGUUGGGAGCCUGAUUGGACUGCGUCUCAAGCGUACAAGAUUCUCUGAAAUCCUUUCAAGCCUUUCUGACUGCUUGGCGGUUUCAGAGAUAGAGUGUUGUCUGGAGAUCGUAGUGUUUGUUUUAAAAGGCCACGACAGACUUCUUGAUCCUCAUUAGGAAGGUCGAGUUGUGGAAGACUGGAAGCCCGUGCUCCUGGAAUUAAGACCCUUGGAGGAGGCGGUUCAGUGACUGUAAAUAAAAGUUUUGGAAAGUUACAGGUAGAAGAUUAGAGUGCUGGCCACAGCGAAGGAUCCUCUCUCUUCCACACCGUAGGUCUGUGGCCUAAACUUGUUAGAAAGUGACCCUCCAGCCGCAGGAGGCGCCCUCUCUCCUGGGCUCUUUGCCAGAGCUCUUGGUUCCCUUGGUUGAAAAGGCAAGCCCUUAGCAGGGUAGAAGAAAGCACCGCUGAGGGUCAGGGCUGCCUAGGCACCCCCCAAUCCCUGUGGGAGGUCACGUGAAUGGUGUCCAAGGGGGUCUGGGUAGUAGGACCUUCCUUACAUACAGCUCUAGGGCUGGGAUGUGGUGGGUUGGGGAGGGAGGAAAGAGGGGAGGAAGGGUGGGAAGGGAGGAGCAGACAUAGUCGUUAUUUCAAAGCUGGAAGUUUGUAUCAUCUGUUUGAGUACAUGCAUAUUUAAAGAUAUCAAACAGUAAACUUAAACUUGGAUUUUAUCUAGAUUAGUAAUAGACCUGCUUUUAAGUAGCAGUUUAUUAAUGGUUUUGAGUCCUACACUUAUAAGUUGCUAAUACUUGUAUAACCUAACCAAAGAGUUACCCAGUAGGGCUUUAUUUCAGUGAACUUCUAUUUUCUUGUUCAUAAUUCCUGAUUUUAGAACCUAUUUACUUGAGCAAAGUUAGCUUGCUUUUGAUUACUUAGAACUAAUAUCUAUUAUUAUUAAUUUUUGGAGGGAAAAGGAAUCCCCCCUCCCCUUCUCCCCCCCCCCCCCCCCCCAAGCCCAGCAAGUGUGUACUGCUGGGCAGACCUGAAAACCCAGUGACACUUCUUUCAUGCGGUUUGUCUGAGGUUCAAGUGGAAUCUUUUCAAGUGAAGGAGCAGCAGAUAAUCCGAAACGCCCAGCUCCCCAUCUGUAGAUAGCUGUAACGUGGAGUAUUUUUAAAUGAAGGCAAGUAAGUAUUUGAACGUGAGCUGAACAAUUCAGAGGUGUUUUAGGUAAUUGCAACAGAGAUAGGAAACCUGGUUGCCUUAUGCCUUUAUUCUCACAUGGAAUAAAUUCCCAGUGUAUAGCCUAUGUACACUAUAAACGAAGGGAAAUUAAUCCUUACGCUUCCUACUGUCAGGCCUCCUUUGGAUAAUCUGUGAUGACUAGAAGCUUUUGUAUUUUUUUUUUGUUUUAGCAUCUUUCUCUGAAAUAUGUUUUUAAAGAUUUUGUAAGAGUUGUUUUCAGUAUUUAAAUCAGUGCUAUUUUCCCUUCUUUUGAAGAAAAAAAUGAAUCCUGUACUGUAUCUUACUAUGUCCAUGACAGAUGUUACAAAUUGGGACAGUUUUAUUCUUAGACUCAUGUGAUCCAAGCUGUAUAUACCAUAUAUAAACAUUUUACACGAAUCAUUUAGUUUUUUAAUUCAUCUACUAAUGCUAUAAGAUUUCCUACACUUAAACCCAGGGUAAUUUGCAUUGGAUGGUGUGUAUAGUAAAGCAACAUGUUUUGAUGAGUUUCUAAUAUCCUUUUCUAUAGGGAACUUGGGUCAGAAAAAAAAUGCAUCAUUAAUCUGAGUUUGCUUCAUACAUUUCUGCUGUAUGUUACUUUUGUACUGACCAUAUGUCCACUAAUUGUCUACUUAAAAUCAAAGUAUCUGUGUUUUUUUUAAAAACUUUUUAUUGACAAUUUCCAUAAAUGUAGAGAGUGCACCAUGAUCAUAAUUCCCUCUGGUAACCCUCCCUUUUCCUCCUUGUGUCCCAUCUUCUUUCCAGCUAAUGGUACCUGUGUUUUUAAUCCACUGCUUAUUUCAUUUGCAUUGAGAAAAGACUGAUUUAAAUACUUUUGUGAGGUCUACCUUUUUAGAAAUGUGCAGUUCUAGUUUAGAACUAGUGUAGAUAUGUAAAGCUUUGUAUGCAAAGACUUGCUUAGGGGAGAAGGAAGCAGCAAUGCAGGAGGCUGCAUUUGUUUGGAUGUUGAGUUGGUUCUCAGGUAAUGCAUUAGAAUUUACCUUUGCCUCAAGUUGAAAUGAUGUAGGACUCACUGAAAGUGGCCAAGAGUGAGUUACAAAGAUUUCUCCACCCCUGUGGCAUUCUGUUAGAUUGCUUAACAAGCAGCACACGAGUUAGAACAUUUUUGGGACAGAUCAAAAACAACUGACAGAUGGCAACACUCGCCGUUCUGAUUUCCCUUGUCAAAUCUGCACAACUCCAAGAGUCAUGAAAGCUGUGGAAGUUUUCUCAGCCACUCUUGUGAAUUGUGUCUUGUAAAACUUAGAGGUAAACUAGACUGCUGCCUUGGAGAUAGGUCUUAUUGCAGCCCCCGGCCACACCCUUGAUCCCCUCACCCCAAAUGCUGUUUUAGAGACUGGGACUUUCAUGAUAGGGACAUUAAAAUGACUUCCAGGAAUGAUUGUGUCCUCUACACAAAAACUGUGUUUUUAACCCAAAGUAAAGUCUCAAUAACUAAUUUUUAUGUCAGAUUGGUAGUACGACUGAGCAGGGCGACUGUUUUGGAUCCCUUCCUCUCUGCGGGCUUUGGACUGUGGAGAAGUCUAAGAUCUGCGGAGUGCUGGAAUGUAAUGGUUGUCACCUGUGAGCUUGAAUGGGGAUUGGGUAGGGACCAUUUCAAUAAGCACCCUCCCAAAGAUAUCGUUCAGAGAACCUGGGAGAAUGUCACAAGCUAUUCAGGUAGCCAUGGCUUCACUAAGCUAACAGAGGCAUUAGUUUGCCUAUGUUGCUCACAUCACCACUUGAUGCUGAUUAUAGUGGAUGACAUUCGAUGUGUGAUGUUGGCUGUAGCGGUGGUUAAAACAACAGGUACCAUGUUUCAUGUCUUUGCAUCAUGAUUUGAUGUAUUGUCUGCUCUUUAAUACAUGCAGACUACGAACUAGAGUCCUUUUAAAUUUUAAACAGUAUGGUGUGGAAAAUAUUCAAGAUGUGAAACUCAAGUUUCCCUCCUUUCAUUGCAGUUCUUUUUUUUUUUUUUUUAGUAUAUGUGCUGCCAAAGCGAGCACUCACUGCAAUUUUUAUUGUUUUGUUUCUUUAUUUGGGGUUUGGGAUUGAUAACAAAGUGAUAAAUCAAAAUACUAGCCAAAAUUGUCUUCGCUUUCAAACCAGACAAUGUAUGUAUGUAUGUAUGUAUAUAUAUAUAUAUAUACAUAUAUAUAUAUAUAUUCAAUAUACACAUAAGCUUGCUGCUUCUCUGAGGAAAGAUAUGCAAAUACUCAGACCAAGUGGACAUUUGGCAGUGCUAAUAAUAUAGUCCAGUUUUUAUUGGAUUUUUCAUGGAAUGUUGUUAAUUGCAUUAAAGCCAUGUAAAGUGAAGUUUGAUAACUUUUUAACUCUUCAAAUCAUGGUCAAUUCCAAUCAAAUACUCAAAUCAUUUUUGUACACCUACAUGAAAAAUGGGUAAAUCGUAAUUGCACACAUUUAGAAAAGUAUUGACCGCAGGAGGUUAAUUCCUUAGGAGUUUCUUUCAUAUUCUAAAUUACAAGCACUGUACACAAUUUAGACAAUUAGAAUAAACAAUAUUUUUAUUGUAAACCUAUCAGAAUCAUACUUUGGAUUUUUCUUGUUAUUAUAAAUCAUUGGAAACCUGAAUUUUAAAAAUAUGGCUCAAGUCUGUCUCUUGAGCAAUGAAUAAAAUUUAGUUUGCUUAUUUCUAUAACAACUAGGGGUAGAUUUUCACAUACUCAGAAACAAAUUUUACUGUGAUAAACUUUGUCACAGGUUGGAUAAUAAGGCUAUUAAUACUUGAGGAUUUAGAAUACCUGGGUCCUGAAUACUUAGAUGGAAGAACUUCAACCAUAAUAUCUACAUUAGAGUUUAAUCUUAUAUGGUAGAAAGAUGAAUUAGUUGACCAAUUCUUGUAACUUCAACAUUUUGUAAUUUUUUUCAAGCCAUUUUUUAUGAUCCUAAAUGUGUUUUGAGGUAUGUGGACAUUAAUUGUAAUGUAAACUAUUAUUACAACUGUCUUUGUGACUUUAUAGGUAGAUACAUUUUAUUUUAACUGUUGAGUAUAAAUAAUUCAAAUUCACUUAUUACUGCUACUACCAGUAACCAGUUAAUUGACAGGUUAAAAUAUUAUAGAUAUGAAUUUUGAACAUGUAAAUUAGAUAUUGUUUAACUUUUUCUGGGUAUCUGAAAAUUAUUAUUUGCCAAAUAAUGUAAAAUUCCCACAGAAAUAUGUGGGAUUUUGAGACAGUUGGAAAUGCUAUUUGCUAAGUGAUAUAUAGCCUUGAGACAUUUUCUCCAAAUAGAAGGGGAUAAGAAAAUAUAAGAUUGCCAGACUUUUCCAGUGAAACACAAAGCCAAGAAAAAAAGUACCUCUAUAUAUUACCAUAAUAACAACAGCAACAAAAAUCUUCCAACACAUGGAUGAAGCCUUUUCAGGAGUGCCCAAACAUUGAGAAUUUCUUCAGCCGUCCAAAUGCUCUAGAGAUUUUUUUUAGUUCUUCCUGUUCACAACCAGUUGUAUGACAGAAGUUCUUGAAACUGUUUUCCUUUCUGUGUGUGAAGUAAUGAAUCAUGAAGUUGUGACUCGUUAUGUAUUCUAUUAAACACUAAAGAAUAAAACCAUGUACUCCUUUAA